UCAGCUGAUCCAAAGGGCCCAUGGGGAAUCAGACAUUAUCCAUCCAAUUUUGUUUCGCCAAAAUCAAUAUGCACAUGAUAGUUGUUCCACAUCGUGCAACACUCCUUCAAUACUAUCGUUGGAAAAAUACGUUGAUCUAGACCUUCCAGGAUCGAUCUAUGCGCGCAUAUUUCAUCCGUGGAUCUCCUUGGAGUUCGAGCCUCGUCACUACAAUAUGAGGAAAGGUAAAAUGGACCAUGGAACGGAUGUGUUUGAGGACCUGCCUUCAUUUUUCGCCAGCCUAGAAGAAGACUGUGCCUCCACUGAUUCGCGUUGUGGUCCCAAAUUUAAAAAUGAGCUAACAUUCACGCCUGAAACGGUCGUGAAGCACGUUUAUCAUCUUGGGCGGCAGAUUUCGAAGGCAUUCGAAGACUUGGGCAUUACUUACUGGACAUCAGGAGGAACCACUUUAGGUCUACUCCGGCAUAAAGGCUUGAUCCCGUGGGACGAUGACUUGGAUCUGUGUAUCCCGGAUACAGAAGUAAACCACCUACUAGAAAGGGCAUCCUAUUUAAAGCAAGGCUAUGGGCUUGAACUCAGAGAAACCACCACAUUCGGAUACCGUAUGUUUCACGAGACGAAGUCCGAAGAAUUGCCCAAUAGCUCGCUCUUGAAUUAUCGUUACCCAUUCUGUGAUAUCUUUGUCAUGACCCAACAGAAGAACAAAUACGAAUUAAGGCAAAGGAUAGCACAAGUUUUGUGGCCCAACGAGUGGUACUUGAUUCAAGAUGUGAAGCAAGCCAAAUCAGGCUUGUUUGGAGACUUCCACCUUACCUAUCCGGACAAUGCCAAGGGUUACCUGACUAGAACCUAUGGACCAGAUUGGGAGCUAAUGGGCGAGACCCAAUCCUACGACCACAUCCAAAGAGAAUCCAAGAUCAGUGUGGAUUUCGAUCUCAACGACGCACUCUACCAACCAGCACUGCCGUUUGAAUAAACCAAAGACUGAAUAAACCAGAUUUGCCCCAGUUCAAA